AUGCGUCUAAGGUAUCAGAAGCAUGUCCACACUUACAGAAUUCUCCCAGAUGAGGAAGGAUUUCUGGCUGUACAGACAUCUCAGGGUGUGCAACCUAAGCGUUUUAAGACAUUACCAGAGUUGGUGUCAUUGUACCUGCAGCCCAGCCAGGGUCUGGUCACCACCUUGCUUUACACUGUGGACAGAGAGGAAACCGCUGUCAGCGAUGACAGGGACUAUUCAGAUGGGGAGGAUGAGAAGCCACCCCUCCCCCCUCGUUCUGCCUCCACCUCCACUCCCCCAGGACCAGACACACCUACAGACAGUGCUCCAGCAGCUAACGGCCUGAGCACCAUCUCCCACGAAUACUUGAAGGGCAGCUAUGCUCUGGAUCUUGAGGCAGUCAAACAGGGAGCCUGCUCCCUGCCUCACCUCAACAAGACACUAGUGGCCUCCUGCAAACGCCUUAAUGGGGAGGUGGAUAAGGUGCUGACUGGUCUGGAGAUCCUGUCUAAAGUCUUUGAUCAGCAGAGCGCUUUCAUGGUCUCCAAGAUGAUCCAACAGUCGGUGAAUCAGGGUGGAGACCAGGAGUUGGAAAAUCUCGUGACCAAGCUAGCAAUUCUCAAAGACCUGCUGUCCUCUAUAGAGAAGAAGGCUCUAAAGGCUCUCCAGGACAUGAGUUUGUCCUCUCCCUGCCCCCUUCCUCCCCUCUCCAUGCGUCACAGCAAAGCCAUUCCUGUGCAGGCCUUCGAGGUAAAGCUGGAUGUUUACCUGGCAGAGCUGACAAAGAUAGGAAAGAGCCAGAAGUAUACUCUGUCUGUGGACGUGGAGGGAGGACGACUGGUGGUGAUGAAGAAAGUGAAGGACAGCCAAGAGGACUGGACCACCUUCACACAUGACAAAAUCCGUCAGCUGAUCAAGUCUCAGCGGGUGCAGAAUAAACUGGGCAUUGUUUUUGAGAAGGAAAAGGACAAGAGCCAGAGGAAAGACUUCAUCUUUGCUAGUGCCAAGAAGCGGGAGGCAUUUUGCCAGCUGCUGCAGCUGAUGAAGAAUAAACAUUCCAACCAGGACGAGCCAGACAUGAUCUCCAUCUUUAUAGGCACCUGGAAUAUGGGCUCAGUGCCAUCGCCUAAGUCUGUGGCCUCAUGGGUGUUGUGUCGCGGCCUCGGGAAGACUCUAGACGAAAUGACGGUCACCAUCCCCCAUGACCUUUAUGUGUUUGGCAGCCAAGAAAACUCUGUGUGUGAUCGUGAGUGGGUGGAGUCGCUGCGUGCCAUGUUGAAAGAACAGACAGAACUGGAUUAUAAACCGAUCGCAGUGCAGACUCUGUGGAACAUAAAAAUUGCCGUGUUGGUGAAACCGGAGCACGAGAACCGGAUCAGCCACGUGGGAAUGUCCAGUGUCAAGACGGGCAUCGCCAACACACUGGGCAACAAAGGAGCUGUGGGUGUGUCCUUCAUGUUCAACGGGACAUCUUUCGGCUUUGUGAAUUGUCACUUGACAUCAGGAAAUGAGAAGAUAGCCAGGAGGAACCAGAACUAUCUGGAUAUCCUACGGCUGCUCUCCCUAGGAGACAAGCAGCUGAGCUCCUUUGACAUCUCACUGCGCUUCACACACCUUUUCUGGCUGGGAGACCUCAACUACAGGCUGGAUAUGGACAUACAGGAGAUUUUAAACUACAUUAACAGGAAGGAGUUUGACCCCCUGCUGAAGGUGGACCAGCUCAACCUGGAGAGGGAGAAGAACAAAGUGUUUUUACGCUUCGGUUAGUCGGACUGUGUUUCUACCAGGUGUCUGUUUUACAGCGCUGCUUACCUCCUCUCCUUGUGCACAAGUUGAUUAUUAAUAGUUUGGUUUUAAAUGAUUAAAAUAUAUCAACAGUGACAGAAGGUCACUUGCAGCAAAUGUGAUGACACACACUUCCCAAAAGCAUCUGCUCACCACUGCUGUUGUGCAAGCAAGACCGUUGGCUUUCUUAGUUACAUCACCACCAAGGUUUCUCUAAGAAAUGUCAUUAUAUGUAAACACUAUGA